AUGGCCGUGGGCCUCUCAAGCGUCACUCAUCACGCACUUGACGAAGAGGCGAGAGCUGAGGUCGAUGUCCUGAACUCUCGCCUGGAAAAGACAACGCAGCUCACCAAGAAGAUUCAAGCAAGCCUCGGCCGACUGGAGGUCUCUGGUCAGAGUGUACGCGAUGUUGCAGGUCCGCUCAGUACAGAGACCAGACGUCUACAGCUACUUGGAAACAAUGUUGACGCUGUUCUCUCCGCGAUCGAUCGACUACGUCAACCUGCCGAUAGUAGAGAAAACGAAGAGCAGAUCAUUCGCGCCGGGCCAGAUAAGGCCGGGUUGUCAAGUUACCUCGCCUCGUUGAAGAGGCUCAAUAAAUCGCACGCAGAGAUGCAGGUAUCCAACUUGAGAGCGAAUCAGCACACAAUGACUGAUCUUACGCGGCUUAUAAAGUCAGGAAAUGCACAACUGGAGAGCUACUUUGACAAACUUCUGCGAGGCGAAACGCCGAGAUCCAUCGAACCUCUUCAUUACAUUACAAAAGAUAAACCAUUUCCAGUUUUACCACAGGACAAGAUUGCUCGACUGGGUCUCGUCUAUGCCUACCUGGCAGGCGGCCAGAGGCCUGUCGGUCACGACUCGCCGGCGUCAAAACUAUAUGCCGAAGUCCGUGGUCCAUAUUUAUCUUCAUCUCUGGGCAACCUGGCCGCCGCGAGUGUGAACACAGCCAAGAAGAAGAACCCUGACGCAAUAUAUAGAGUCGGAACUAAUGGCAUUGGCACGUAUGCCCAGGCCAUGGAAGCCAUUUUCCUAUCGGAGUAUGAUAAUAUCUGCAGUAUAUUCAAGCGCGAAGACUGGGGACCGGUAUUUCAAGACACAUGCCAGGCAGCAUUGUCCGAGCUUGCACGCACUGUGCGAGAACUCAAUACUCACAUCAAAGGUCACCUCGGCACUGACUGCUAUUUGGCAUAUGAGAUAACGGAAAUUCUCUCGGGCCUUCUUGGGAACUUGGAAACGAGGACGGGAGAGCUCAAAAUUUCCUUGGCUGCAGCGUUGAAACCCGUCCGGGAAACCGCCAAGGCGUCGCUUUCCGAGCUGUUGGAGGAUACCAAGAGAAAGGCUGGCGGCUUACAGACAUUGCCUUCCGAUGGUGCUUCCAUACCUCUUGUGGCAGAUACGAUGCAGCGACUGCAGGCCAUGGUGGAGUUUAUUCAUCCAAUAUCUAGUCUCAUGAUCUCUCUUGGCGAUGGAGGCUGGAAAUCGAAUACUGGAUCUGCUAGUCGACCUACAGAUAUCAUCCCGAGUCUCGCAUCCUUUGAUAUUGGUGCGGACGGUAGGGAGAUAUUUGGGCAUUAUUGUCUGGACACAAUCGAUACCCUUUUGUCUGCGUUGGACCAGAAAGCAAAAGUUUUGCUUCGUGGUAAAUCUGUUACGGGUGUGUUCCUUGCCAACAGCGUCGUAACAAUUGAGCGGAUGAUACGAGAUUCGGAUCUCGGCCCUCUGUUGCAGUCACGGCUCGAAGUGCUGGAUCAGUGGCGCAAAAGGGCAACAGUGGCAUACACGGACGUUUGCAGAGACUUGUCUGUCUGUCUAUUCGAUACGAUCCACACCAACCGCACUCAGCGACCCACGUCUGGCCAGGCGACAGACUCAGCCUCCGUCAUCAAAGCCCUCAGUAGUCAGGAUAAGGAUAAAAUCAAGGAGAAAUUCUCCCAGUUUAAUGCCGCUUUCGACGAAAUGGUUACCAGGCACAAAUCUUACAACAUGGAACCUGAGGUGCGGUCCAUGUUUGGCAGGGAUAUCCGUCAGAAACUGCAACCACUCUAUGAUAGGUUUUGGGACCGAUAUCAUGAUAUUGAUAAGGGCAAGGGGAAGUAUGUAAGAUACGACAAGUCAUCCAUUGCAUCUGUCUUUCUUAGUCUUGCAUCUUGA